AGCUGCCCACAAAUUUAACGUUGCUAAUUUGCACCCAAUAUUGAAAUGGAAUAGACUUGUUUUAGUGUACUUACUGUUCUGUUACCCAAUUAAAAUAAUACCAUUUUCCCGUUUCAAAUUUGAAGAGUUUUUUCAUUGGUGUGGAAGGAAGGGGGAAAGUUGCUGCAUUGCUUAAGCAACAAGGUCUGGGUGUCAAAGGAAUGACAAAAAGUACCCCUGUAAAUGAGGAAAUUCCACCUUUGCUAGAAGGAGGUGGGAAGAUAGAGGUGUGGAGAAUUAAUGAAAAUGCCAAAAUUGCGUUGCCAAAGGAGGAAAUUGGUAAGUUUUUUAGUGGAGAUUGUUAUAUUGUAUUGUACACAUACCACUCUGGUGAGAGGAAAGAAGACUACUUCUUGUGUUGUUGGUUUGGCAAAGACAGCAACGAGGAGGACCAGGCAAUAGCUACUCGGUUGACCAAUACAAUGUCUACCUCAUUAAAGGGUAAACCUCUACAGGGUCGCAUAUUUGAAGGCAAAGAGCCACCACAGUUUGUUGCUCUUUUCCAACAAAUGGUGGUCCUUAAGGCAUUAGAACAAGUUUCUAAUCAUCAUUCUUUUGGAAUUGACUCAAUUCCUCUUGCAUGGCCUAAACUCAGCUUUCAUCUGAUAAUGCUUCAUCCAUGGUUUUUGGCUCUGUCUAAGAUAGAAGAGCAAUUUGUGCUUGCGUUUUGA